CCAGUGUCCUGUAUGUAACCAGUUAUAAUAUAAUGUGGGUAUUUGCCUGUAAGUUUCAGCUCAAAUCUUGGAUUUAAGUGAGUAGCUUCCGUGAGUAUUCACAAAUGGAUCUUUUCUUGCUAACAUAUGAAGAUUUGUGUACCAAUAUAUCUAAUUAGAAGGAAGUGGCUACACCUAAUAUUACUCUGACUACACACCUUAAAUAUAAGCCUCAUCAUACAAGGGCUAGACAGGAAUACAAAGAGGCACAGGCUUUCUGUAUAGAUUUGAUGUGUAAGAAGUAAGAGGCUGCCAUGUUCAUGAUCAUAAGUCUACGUGGAUGUGAGUGGGGACACGCAAGAAAGACUCUUGAAGCCAAGGCAGCUGGACUCCAGUAUGGAAACUCGGGAAGACCACAGUCUCCUUAUUGUCCAGAUGAGGUGAUGUAAGGAUGAGAAUCGCAGUGAUGGGCACUGUUGAGAGAGGGAAAAGGAAAUGAAACCUAAAUAUGCUGAUUCUUAUUUUUCCUCUUUUUACUCAUAAAACAUUAUUUAUUUAGACCAAAACUGUAUUUGCCCUCCAAUAGCUAAUAGCUAUUUCCAGCUAAUAGCUGGAAAAUGGCUAAGAUAAGCAAAGAUAGUCAUUUGGCAUUUCAUGACAUAUUUUGGGUUAAUCACCCCCGUGAAAAUAGUUGUUUGUUUUUUAAUUUCUAGGAAGUUUUGGUUAAAAUUGAGGAUACUUGGUAAAUCUCAUGAAUCCUCGCUACAUAUAUCCUUAUCAAGGACAUUUUAAUUUAGCUGGUUGGCCAAAUUAAUGAAAUCUGAAUGGCUUUGGCCAUGUUUUUGAAAGCCGUCCCAGAACUGGUAAAAACAAAUGGUUCUGUUCUUUCUGGAAGAAGUUCAGAUAGCCCCCCCCCCUCCGCCUCCAUGACCUCCCUCAGUUCCCUCUCCCCUCUCCUCUCCCCAUAUUCAGUAUCAAGAGCCAGAAAAUGGUGUUGUGACUAUUAUUCAGUGACCAGUCAUUGUCGAUGACUCCCUCCAAAGGGACAGGAAGCUGUGGUUAGACCCUUGCUUUAGGAAGUCAUUGUUUUAUGACAUUUUCCAUGUCCUUGUCCUCUCUGGGUUAGAUUACUGCAGUGUGCUGUGCUGGGAUGUGUCUUUGAAGUUUACUUGGCAGACAUUUGUAUUAUCAUUUCAGCCAACAUUUUUUUCUACAUAAUAUGUCAUAGUAGUAUAUAUUAAAAUGAUGAAUGUGGUUCUUGCCCUUGAAGAAUUAUGAAUCCAACAAGGAUCAGCAUUUAGUUGAUAACCCAUCAUAGGAUGAUAAAUUGUCAUAGGCAGAAGUAUCAUGACUUAUUGACAGAAUUUUAGGCAAUCUGUUAGAAAUAUUCAUAUUGGAAAGGCGUAGUCCCUGGCACAAAAAUAGGCUUAAUAUAUGCUGGAUGGAUAAAUAAAUAAGCAAGUGUACCAUAAUUCUAGGUGGAUUUUAUUUCCUUCCCACAUGAUGCUUUCUUUCCCUGAUAUCUAAAAUAUGAAUGCAGUGGAGAUUCUUGUUUAAUAAUUGGGUAUUUAUUUGUAAGUGACAAAAACCUCGAUUUAAACUAACAAGUAACAAUUGAAAAAAAAAGAUGAAUAUUCAGAUUGAUCUAAACUAAGUACAGAGCUCUUCAAAGUCAUGGUUUCUAAUACCUCUGGCUUCAGCAAAAACAAUUUCCUGUGCAAGAGAAUGAAUUCUGAAGCCAUUUCAUAUCCUUAGAGCCAAGUUUUUAUAAACUGUGUGUUUCAGGAGUCCAUCAAUUUAUCCAUUAUGUUCGUCAAAAAUUAAGAAAAAUUUAUACGUUGCUAAUUGGCCUCAUGCAAAAACAUGUACACACAGUUUGGUUUUGAAUAGAUCUGAGUGCUAUUUUGAAUCGUUAAUACUGUGUGUCAUUUUCCCACAAAUAGCACAUCUUCAUUUGGAUUAUAAUGUUACACUUAGAGAAUAAGAAUAAUGAACAAUGAGCAUUUAUUGGGGCACCUGGGUGGCUCAUUCGGUUAAACAUCCGACUUCGGCUCAGGUCAUGGUCUUGAGGUUCGUGGGUUUGAGCCCCAUGUGGGGCUCUGGGCUGACAGCUCAGAGCCUGGAGCCUGCUUCAAAUUCUGUGUCUGCCUCUCUCUCUCUGCCCCUCCCCUGCUCACGCUCUGUCUCUCUUUCAAAAAAUAAACAUUUAAAAAAAUAAUGACUUAUUGCGUACUAUGUGCUAGGUACUCUUCUCAUUUAAUCCUCAUAACCUGUGAGUAAUAUAAAAUCCUUUGCUUUUUACAUGAAGAAAUUGAGGCACACAGGGACUGUGGCCAAAGUUGUACAACUAGUAAAUGCUAGGGCCAGGAUUUGAAUCUGAGGAGUGUAUACUCCUUUAUUCAUUCCUCUUAGGGCCUCUGCUAGUCAUCACGGACACUCUGUGCAUGUUAGAAAAGGGACUGUCUUUGAGCGGACAAAUGAGAAAAAUGCCACCCCCCACAGGCAGACGCGGCCUCUUUGGAUUUCACCGCUAACCUGCCCUUUUGGCCAGGGCAUUUGUGCAGUGCACAGAACAUACAGCACUGCAUGGCAGCCUCCUGUUCACCUCCUCCACGACCUGUCAGUACUUUCGUAACUCUCAAGCAACUUUCACAUGCAUGAUUUUACUUGAUUUUGGCCUCAGCCGUACUAGGUACACACGAAAGUUAAUUAUCCUUCCGUUACAAAGGAGAAAUCUAAGACUCACCCAGGCAUAUGCAUCGAUCACACAGUAAGUACCUCAUGAAGACCAAGCAGGAAACCGGGAGCAGGGAGAUCCCAGGUACGGAGCCACUGUGUGCUUGACCAUCUGCAUGCUAUACAUCUCGUUUCAUACAACGCUCCCCAAAGCUCUGCGAGCCAUUUGUCCCUGGAGUCUCUAUGUGGAUCAGGAAACAGGUCCGACCAAGUUAAUUGCCUUGCUCCAGUUUCCAUAUUUUAUGAAUAAAGGAGUUAGAAUUCAACUCUGGGCUGUUUGACUCCGGACCUGCGCUCUUUCUGCCAUGCUUACUCCAUCUCUGCUUGAGUCUAUCGGAUCAUUAGGUGUAGACGUGUCCAUACAAAAGAACAGUCAUUAGUGUUGGGUAGUUGGAGUUUAGGAUAAAGCCCUGCUUAGGCAGACAAGAUAGCCUACAGGGCAUACCCUAGGGAAAAUAGUACUUGAAGUUUUAAUAGAUUGGAAUAAGGAGGUAAUACUUUCAACAGGGAGAACCACUUACUUAAUCGGGAUGCGCUAAUUGAGCACCUGUUAAAUGCCAGGCAUUUAGAUGUAAUGUGAGACACGGCUCUGAAAAUGGAAGCACUUAUCCUCAAGGGAUCACAGUCUAGUUAGUGAGCUAACUAAAGGGCCUGGAUGUGAACACUUCAGCUCCUCAGUAGUCUCCAGGGACCUCUUUCAGUAGGGGCUCACUUCGUGGAUCCUCAGAAGAAACGCUCACAGAUUUGGAACUUCACGGGUCUGGAACUCCAUUCUCUCCUGAAUAGAGUGGAUGCAUCUAAUCAUAACAGGCCUUGUUCCCCAAAGGAAGAGCCUGAGACAGGGACUCCGUGCAAGCAGUUUAUUGGGCCGGUGGUGUCUGGGAGACAGGCGAGGAGAAAAAGCGACACAGAGGAACAUCAUCAAGGUUCUGGGCGAGGGGUCUAGAGUGCCCCGGGACCUCCUGAGAAGUGUACCAAAACCUCCCAGAAUUGUCCACUCUCAGGGUAACAGUUGGGAGCAUUUGUGGCCUAUUCUGAUUCCUGUUCAUUGAGAGUGGACUCUAGGGACAGGGGCUCCCCCUCACUUCUGGGUUCGCUGGUAGGCUGAGUGGCUGUUUGCAGGAUCUAAGACUGUGGGCCAAGGAGUAGAACGUUGCAUGGCCUGGCUUAAAGUAAGAGCUGUGUCUGGAAUCAGAGGUGGGUUGAGAGUCUGGGACCCUGUUUCGGACCCCUCCGUGUGUGGCAGCGCUAGUUGGCUUUUCUUGUUACAACCGAAAGAGACCGACCAAGCGGGAGGGCGCAGGCAUCAGACCCUGGAGGGUCAAAGCUGGGCAUUGCCCUGGUCCCUUAACCUCUCCGGGUCUCCAUGGAUGCCCGUCUCCCCUCACCAUAAGCCACAUGCGCAGUGCUCGUGCCCUCACACAGCAUUCAUUCCCUCCGAAUCUGGGCUGGUGCCGUUACUCACUUUUGACGAGAAGAGCAUUGUGGCAGUAAUGCCGUGUGCUGUUUCAAGGUUAGAUAAGAAUCCUUGCAGCUCCCCGCAGGGUUUCUUGGGAUGCUUGCUCUUGGAAUAGUGUCUCUUGGGACCUAGGUGGCAUGCUAUUAGAAGCUUGAGCCACGUGCAGAAGUCACCUAGUUUGCUCUGGUCACCAGCCCUAGCUGAGGUCCUGGCUGACAGCCCGCAUCAACUGCCAGCCGUGUGUGUGAGGCAUCUUGGGUGUCCAGACUAGUCAAGCUGUCGGAUGACUCAGCCCCAGCAGCUCUCUGACCAUAACCACAUCAGAGUCUCCAAAGGGAAACAACCCAGCUGAGCCCAGGGAACCCUCAGAACCAUGGCGCGUAAUAAAUUAUCGUUCUAAGCCACUAAGUUUUGGGACAGUUUGUUAUGCAUCAGUAGUUCAGUGGCACAGGACAUAAAUCAAUUAUUUCUUAGAUAUCAGCAAGGUUUUACUUGGGCACACAGCCGCUAUGUCAGUUUUUUACCUUUUACGUACCACGAAGUGGAUCCUUUGAAAUAAACUUUGUGGAAUCAUAUUGCUGCUUAUCAGUUUUCUCAUGAUAACGUUAUAGGUGAAAUUCUUAGAUUUAUUGUGCCAUAAGCCCUUUUGUGGUCUGGGAAAGCCCAAGGGAGUCUUUCUUAGAGCAAUAUUUUUAAAUGCGUAACGUGAAAUUUGUAGAAUUACGAAGGAAACUAAUCAUAUGAUGUCGUAGCUGUCAAAAUAUUUUAGAAAUCAAAUCUCUAAUAUGUAUAUGGUAAAAAUGUACUUCCUAUUAGUAGAUUACGUAACAGUACUAACAAUCUUGGAAGAAUCUUACAGAGACACCCAUGUACUCACUCCCUAGAUUCUCCCAUUAACAUUUCAUAUACUUUCUUUAUCACAUAUCUGUCCAUCUAAGCAUCUAUCCACCCAUCGGUGCAUCAUCAAAUCAUCCUAAUGUUUUUGUCCAUGGCAAUGUAAGUUGCAAAGCAAAUUGCAGGUUUCCUCUACAUAACAGCGUAUAUAUCAUAAACUAGAGGAUGGACAUAUUUCAAGAUACCUGAAACAGUUAUAAUCUGACAUGAAAAUAUGCGUGAUUCCCGUGGCUGACAUCACAGGUGCUGUUAAUACUACUCUAGUUUGUUGCUAACAUUCAUAACUGAGAGAAAUGCUAAAUUUCAGUCAGAAUUACUGAGAAGAAGAUGCAGUGAUUUUCCAUUCAAGUUCAUGAACUCCCUAGAUUUUAUUCAUUCAUGGACUCCUUGGGCUCCCAAAGCCCCACGUUAAGGGACCUCAUGUGUGAAACGUGCAGAUAGCCUCUUAAUUAAUGUAAAUUGUAAGUCAAAUACAUAAAAUAAUAUAGGUAUACUUUAAAACUCAAGUUUUAAACAUAAAGUAUGGCAUUUUUUCCCUUUAAGGUUCCACAGUGAAAUUAAUGGAAGAAGUUUGGAAUACUCCAAAGAGUCAUUGAAAAGAAAAAGAAGGGAGGAAUUAUUGAAUUGACAUCUGUAUUAGUUUGCUAGGCCUGCUCUAAAUACCAAAAGGCCAGUGGCUUAAAACAACGGAAAUAUAUUCUUACAGUCUGGAGGCUCUGUGUCCAAGGACGUGUCAGUAGGGCCAUGCUCUCUCUCUGUGGCUCUAGGAGAGAAUCCUUCUUUGCCUCUUCCAGCAAAUACCUCUUCUGGGGUCUGCUGGCAAUCCUUGAUGUUCCUUGGCUGGUAGAUAUUAUCCUCCAGUCACAUGGCCGUCUUCUGCGUCUUCACCUUUUCUUCCCUUUGUGCAUGUCUGUCUCUGUGUUCACGUUUGCAUAGACACCAGUAAUGACACCAGUCCCAUUGGAUUAGGGCCCCCCCUAAUGACCUCAUUUUAACUGAUUACCCCUAUAAAGAAUUUAUUUCCAAAUAAAGUCACGUUGUGAGGUACUGGGGGUUAGAACCUAAACAUACCUUUUUGGGGGGAUAUAAUUCAACCGAUAACAACAGCGGACCAUUACAAUUCCAGGGACCAAAAGUUUAGUUGUAGUUCGAAGCCAAAUAUUUCUAGAAGGAUCUGAGAUUAAAUAUGACUGGAGUUACAUGGUCUGGUCUUACUUUUUACACGGUAAGAACAGUAAACUUGUGCCAGAUAGCCCUUUAUGAUUGUGAGAAAAUUUAAAAUCCAAAAAUUCAGAUCUAAGUAAUCGCUGGCAUUCAUGUUUUAGUCAAAACAUCAGGUCCCAAGUUGCUUUAUCUAUUUUUCAACACGAUUACACUGCAGAAAAUGCUAAAAGAAAAUUAUGUUCAAAGCACGGUUUUAAAAUUCAUAGUGGGAUUGUACCCGAUUAGUCAACAACAGUUAUUGAGCAACUGUGAGUACUGUAUUCCCUGAAGAGAAAAGAAUAUAGUAGACAUGAGCCAUGUCCUUACGAGGUUUAUCGCAUAAUAAGCCAGAUGCGAUUUACUCACGCACACAGACUCACAAGACACUCAAAGGAAGUUUCUCUUAUUUCAAAAAUCCUUGUUUUCUCCAUGUUCAUGUCUAUCUAAAAUCUUUUUCUGAUUUUGACUUGGUUGAAAAUUCAGCUCACGUUGGUCAUGUAAUUGUAAUGUCAGGUUUUUCUUUUAAACCAUUUAAAACUUGGGGGCGCCUGGCUGGUUCAGUCUGUAGAGCGUGUGACUCUUGAUCUCGGUGUUGUGAGUUCAGGCCCCACGUUGGGGGUACAGAUUACUUGAAAAUAAAAUCUUCAGAAUAAUUUAAAAUUUUAAUAAUUGUUGGGGCACGUGGAUGGCUCGGUCGGUUCAGCGUCUGACUUUGGCUCAGCUCACGAUCUCACGGUCUGUGGGUUCCAGCCCCGCACCCGGCUCUGUGCUGACAGCUUGGAGCCUGGAGCCUGCUUUCAGAUUCUGUGUCUCCCUCUCUCUCUGUCCCUCCCCUGCGUGUGCUCUGUCUCUCUCUCUCUCUCUCUCAAAAAUAAAUAAACAUUAAAAAAAUAAUCAUUGUUAGUGUAUUUUAAUAAAUAAUUUUAUUUUAAAAUUCAAUAUUGAUUAAUACUGCCUCUACCAAAACCAUCCAGAAUCAUGAGGAAUCAACUUGAUGAGGUUGUUGUUGUUUUGAGUAAGAUAAAAAUGGUAAAAUACUUAACCAUAUCGAACAUUUUAAUAAAUGUUGGCUCUUAUUACUAAAUCUGUUGAAUGUACAGCACAGAAUCACCAGUCAUUUAGACCCUUUGCCUGUAGCACUGAUCUUCAUGUGGCUCACUGUAGCCCUCAUCUUUGUGGCUUUAUACUUUAUAAAAAUGUAAUCCAAGAUACAGUUGACCUUUGAAUAAUGUGGGGGUGAGGGUAGCCAACCACCCACACAGUUGAAAAUCUGCACGUAACCGUUGACACCUCCCAGACUUCGCUGCUAAUUGUGUGCUGUUGACAGAAAGCCAUACGGAUAACACAGUCAACUACCACAUUUUUUGUAUGUUCUAUGUAUUGUAGACUGUAUUCUGACAAGAAACUAAGCUAGAGAAAAGAACAUAUCGUUAGGAAAAUCGCAAGGAAGAGAAAUGACAUUUAUAGUACCGUACUGUAUUGAAAAAAAAAAAAUACCCCUGUAUAAGUGGAUCUGAUCAGUUCAAAGCCAUGUUGUUCAAGGGACAGCUGUAUUUCUUGUGAGGAACCAUAGAACAUUAUUAUUUUCAAAAUAAGUAGGAACCAUAAUUCCACAGAAUUCUUAGACACUUAAGGGAAACAUAUGGUCUUUAAAAAUACAUAUAUAUAAAUUCUUCGAGAUUGGAAAAGACCCAAAGAAAAAAAUCCAGAUGCCAUUUGAUUUCAGAGAGAGAGAGAAGUCUAGAAAGCAUUGCUUUGGCUCAGUGGGUCCUCAUUGAAAGGUAUUGAAUAUCUCUAAAUCCUAAUUCGUCAUUUGUAAAGUGUUCAUAUUAAUACCUACUUCCAGGAUUGCUUGGACCUGAGUAUAUGUAAAUUCCCUUAGGCCAUGCCGGUCAUGUAGUAGAUGAUCAGGAAAAGGACUUCUGAUUCCCAGCCCCUUCUGUAGUCUCCCGUGACCUCAAUCUCUUGGCCAAGAUGGUCAGUCUGCUAGGAAAAAAAUUUUCAGUGAAAUGGAAAAAGUGCUGUGCAUUUCUUUGAUCGUGAUUUAACUUUCAAUCUGAGGGAACAUUUAGAAUUUGGAAGAAAAACAAAGUAAAAAGUGAAAUAGAUGGUUUGUUCCCCCUCCAUUUGUGUCUGUGCAGCUUCAGGUGGCCAGGUUUUCCCUUGCUCACAGAUUCCCUCCUGCAGAACCUUCCAGAAUGCUUCCGUCUGGUGAAGAGAAGGACCACAGCAUGGUGUUGUUCCAGUCGCCUGGUGUGGCUUGCUGAGGGAGAAGGCAGAGGUCCGCCUGUAUAAUCCGAUUUCAUCAACUCACACUAAUCACUACUGAUAGUAGCAAAAUUUAGCCUGGAUCUGCUUGGUUAAUCUAGAUUGACAGGAGGUAAAAGAAAAGGGACGCAAGGACACAGAAACAAAGGGAGGAGAGCCAACACUGAUUUCCAGCCUCGCUCUUCCAUCUGGGGCUUCUAAAUUGUUCCCCCCUGGGGCUUCUAUUUUUCUUACCUUAUAAACAAAUGUUGCUGGUUGUCAGGAGACCAGCCUUUGCACGGAGCAGUUUUAGCCACAACAGGUGCACUGUGAGUCUCCGGGACCGCGGAGAGAGCAGUUCCUCCGUGAGGCUGCGCAGAAGGUACUUACAGGUACACAUUGUACCUGAGACUAUGUAUUAUUUAUUGAAACUGAGCUCUGCAUUCUCUUUCUCCUCUGGGCAGCCCUGGAGCCAGGCGCCUCCUAAAAUGGAUGCCACCAGCAGCUAACCUUGCAAGGUCUCCUAAGUGCUUACUUUCACUAUUUCCCUUGCUAGUGAUUGCAAGCCCUCGCCGGCACGCUUUCCAUUAAAGCUUGGGGAGCAACCGGGAAUUGCACUUCAGCAGCCGAGGGAGGAAUUCCUCUGUGAUUUUGGACUUUUCCACAUGGAUUCAGGUGUUAUUUUUUUAAGGAAGUAGCCCACUGCGGAUUUUUGCGGCUGUAGAGAAGAUAACACAUGUUGCGGCUCCCGCCUCCACAUACGGAGUGAUUAAAGUAGUGGUCUGUUAUGUGUGUGUUCACAUGCUUAGUCCUGAGAAGAAGAAUGGGUUACCUGAAGGUCAUCUUCAUUGUUACUUAUGACAUCCGUGUCUGGCAAACCAGGGAACUUUUUGCAUUUGGGUAACAAAGACAUUUGGAAUAUACUCCGUUGGAUUUUCCAUGUUGGUGAAACUGGUUUUGGCCACCUCGAUACUGCAGGUUGCCAUGCUAAAACCACCUAAGGGUAAAAAUGUCUCCUGGGGUUCGGCAGACUCCUACACCAGCCGUCCGUCCGACUCAGAUGUUUCUUUGGAGGAAGAUCGGGAGGCGGUACGCAGGGAAGCAGAGCGACAGGCCCAGGCCCAGUUGGAAAAAGCAAAGACAAAGCCCGUUGCAUUUGCUGUUCGGACAAAUGUCAGCUAUAGUGCAGCCCACGAAGAUGAUGUUCCAGUGCCAGGCAUGGCCAUCUCCUUCGAAGCGAAAGAUUUUCUGCAUGUUAAGGAAAAAUUUAACAAUGACUGGUGGAUAGGGCGAUUGGUUAAAGAAGGCUGUGAAAUCGGAUUCAUUCCAAGCCCAGUCAAACUAGAAAAUAUGAGACUACAGCAUGAACAGAGAGCCAAGCAAGGGAAAUUCUACUCCAGUAAAUCAGGAGGAAAUUCAUCAUCCAGUUUGGGUGACAUAGUACCUAGUUCCAGAAAAUCUACACCUCCAUCGUCCGCUAUAGACAUAGAUGCUACUGGCUUAGAUGCAGAAGAAAAUGAUAUUCCAGCAAACCACCGCUCCCCUAAACCCAGUGCAAACAGUGUAACGUCACCCCACUCCAAAGAGAAAAGAAUGCCCUUCUUUAAGAAGACAGAGCACACUCCUCCUUAUGACGUGGUACCUUCCAUGCGACCCGUGGUCUUGGUGGGCCCAUCCCUGAAGGGCUAUGAGGUCACAGAUAUGAUGCAAAAAGCAUUGUUUGAUUUUUUAAAACACAGAUUUGAAGGGCGGAUAUCCAUCACAAGGGUCACGGCUGACAUCUCGCUUGCCAAGCGCUCAGUGUUAAACAAUCCCAGCAAGCAUGCAAUAAUAGAAAGAUCUAACACAAGGUCAAGCUUAGCGGAAGUUCAGAGUGAAAUCGAAAGGAUUUUUGAACUUGCAAGAACAUUGCAGCUGGUAGUCCUUGACGCAGAUACUAUUAAUCAUCCAGCUCAACUUAGUAAAACUUCCUUGGCCCCCAUUAUAGUAUACGUAAAGAUUUCUUCUCCUAAGGUUUUACAAAGGUUAAUAAAAUCUCGAGGGAAAUCUCAAGCCAAACACCUCAAUGUCCAGAUGGUAGCAGCAGACAAACUGGCUCAGUGUCCUCCGGAGCUGUUUGACGUGAUCCUGGACGAGAACCAGCUGGAGGAUGCUUGUGAGCACCUUGCCGACUAUCUGGAGGCCUACUGGAAGGCCACCCACCCCCCCAGCAGCCAUCUCCCCAACCCUCUCCUUAGCCGGACUUUAGCUACUUCGACUCUGCCUACUAGCCCCACUCAAGCCUCUAAUUCACAGGGUUCUCAAGGAGAUCCGAGGACUGCGCGCUCUGCUCCUGCCCGUUCCGCCUCCCAAGCUGAAGAAGAGCCCUGCCUGGAACCCGUCAAGAAACCCCACCACCGUUCUUCGUCCUCCGCCCAGCACCACAGCCAUCGUGGUGGCACGAGUCGAGGCCUCUCCAGGCAGGAGACGUUUGACUCGGAAACCCAGGAGAGUCGAGACUCUGCCUACGUGGAGCCGAAGGAAGACUACCCCCCCGAACACGGGGACCACUACGCCCCACACCGCGACCACAACCACAGAGAGGAGCCCCACGGGAGCAGCGAGCACAGACACAGGGAAGCUCGACACCGUGCCAGGGACCUGGAUCGAGAGCAGGACCACGGCGAGUGCAACAAACAGCGCGGCCGGCAUAAAUCCAAGGAUCGCUACUGUGACAAGGAUGGAGAAGGCAUAGCCCGGAAACGGAACGAGGCUGGGGAGUGGAGCAGGGAUGUUUACAUCCGCCAGUGACUUCUGCCCUCUUGUGUGUUUGUUCUUUUUUUUUUUAAGUCUUGUAUGACACCAUCCUCAGACUAAAUCUCUGGGGUCUACAUUGCAGUCAGAUGUGAUCUGUCUUGUAUACUCUGUAUUGCUGUUGCUUGAAUAGCAAUAGCAUGAUUGAUAAGGAGUAUUAAUAUACCUUUUUUUUUCCUUUUGCAAGUGCUACGUAAGUUGGCCUCGUAUGGCUGCAGUGCUCCGGUUGUAUACUGGACUUUUCAAAAACUGUUUGGGAUAGCUGCCACUUGAACAAAAUCUGUUGCCACCCCGGUGGCUUUAGUAUUUUAAGAAACAUAGUUGAUGUUUUCAAAAAUGUAGUUAAUGUAUCCAGCAAGCCAGAAUUGGCCCAGAUAAAAGUGGAAUUUCCUGAUUCUCCAGAUUUUAAUAUGUAGGCACCAGAUCUGCAUACUCAUUUAUCCAUGGACCACUGUUUCUUGCUUGUACCUCUGGCUGACUAAAUUUGGGGACAGAUUCAGUCUUGCCUUACACAAAGGGGAUCAUAAAGUUAGAAUCUAUUUUCUAUGUACUAGUACUGUGUACUGUAUAGUUUGUAAAUGUUAUUUCUGCAAACACCUUCUUAUGAUAAUUAUAUAUAUAAUAUAUAAAUAUAUAUAUAUAUAUCAGUUUGAUCACACUAUUUUAGAGUCUUAAUGCCAAGUCAGCAGAUUUGCUUUAUGAAUUACAGGGACUAGAGAUGCCCACCUUCAGGAAAUUUGUUAUAUCGUCUAGACACCUACCCCCAUUCUCGUAGAAAGUCUGUACAUACUGUAAAUACGCGUGAUUGCUUGACUUGAAAAGGUUUGAUUUCUGAAUGUUUUACCAUCCUUGUAAGUUUAUAACUUUGACCAUAAAUUAUGGUAAAUAUAACCAAACUCCAAAGGUUGUUCUAAUCCAUGCAGUUCACACCGAUUGUGACAAACACGUUAUGAGUAGUUAGUGUCUUAUGUCGCUGCACUGGACUUGACGAGCCGGACCUCUCUGUGUGCAAGUGCGUCUGUGUGUAAGAGCGGUACGAGUGUGCACGAGUGACUGAGAUGGACCCGAGUGCUGAAGACUCGAGACUGAUGACCUAGAAUUCUACCCACCUGGCUUUGUAUUUAAUUGUGUUACGUGUCGCUUUAAUAAUCCGUUGAGCAGUCAGGGAAUGUGAGGAAGCUCGCUGCCAAAGGUGACUAGGAAGGCAUCCAUGUGCUGGCUCCUUGUGUUUGCUCCUAGAGUAAGAACACAGGCAACUUUUAACUGUGAGUGUUUCACUGGAAAUGUACAAUCUUUGUGUGUUUGAGUAUUUGUUUUAGUAAGAAAUGUUUACACAGCUUGUAGAAUUAUUUCGUGGGAAAAUAAAUUUUUCUACCUUCUCCCACCUCCUUUUCUAAACCUUGCCUAUCGUUCCUGUGGUCUAUCUCCCCCAGAUUUACCCUUCAUUCUGUUCCUUACCACCAACUCCAACACGUCCAGUGUCCGUCAAAACCCAGAAGUGCUUCUUACAACCAAAGUUUCUGCUCUUCAGAAGUAAUCAGGGCAAAAUGAGGGGACUUGAAGUGAACAAAACAUUAAGAAUAUCUUCCUAUGUUAGACACCUGCUCUGAAGGGGAGCCCGGAAGAUGCUGUUCUCCACGCCUCAAAGAUAGCACUGUCAGCAGCUCACAGUGUGGUUGCCACGCUAAGGCUAAAACCUUCUCCGUGUCACUUAUGUGUCCAUUUUGUCCAGUUAUGACUGGACAGGUAAGACAGUAUUAGGUGUGCAAGUACCUAGCACCUGAAGUUUGUCCCUGGAAAAGGCCCAUCUAUAAUUGCCUAACUUCAGAUCUACACAUUGUAAAAUUAUUAUUAAGUCGGUUCAUCUAGUUUUGUUCUGCUUCUUUGAUUAUUCCAGGUUCUUGCCAAAUAUUCUUGGAGCUUUGUAUGUAAAACUUUCACAUUUAACUCCUUAUUUCCCUCCCUGCACAGAAAAACUCAGUUUUACAAAUGAGUUACACUUUAAGGGUCUAACCCGCUAAUGGAAGAAACAUUUUCCUCAGAAUUAAUCUUUUUGUUAAUUAGCUCUGUACUGUUGACAGAUUUAUUUACUGAAGAUAAAAACGGUAGACGUAAACAUUUUUGAUGUAAAAUAUUCGUAUCAUUGGGAAACCAUAUUCCAGUUACAGUUACCUGUAUAAAAUAUUUCUGAACUUUCAUCCCGAUUAAUGACUUUGGAAUAUUUAAAUUCUUGAAAUAUAACUGGUAUUUAUCUUACUUGCUGCUACCACUAAUCUUUCAACGAGUCAUGCCAACAGAUUCCGGUUUUAAAAUUUGUAUCUGGAUUCUUAAUUUUUCACUUACUGUGAAACAUAGUAGUCCAAAUCAGAGUAUUCCUCAAAAAAACUAUAUUGCAGGAUUUGACAUGAACAUCUAUAUGUGUGUAAACAGUGUGUUCUAAAUUUGUAAGUGAAGAAAUAAUCCCAAGGGCAAUGGGAGAUUUACAGAUUUGUGGAAUGUAAAAUUAGUCUCUUCACUCAGCAAAGGCUUAAUCUUAACCUACUCAGUUGUAGAAUCAUCUUUGUAGUCGACCUAGAAAAUGCUGGAAAUGUCCUUAAUAGUUCUGUGUUUUAUUGUCAAAUCUGUUUCAGUUUUUCCUAUGCUCUUUCUCUACUGCUCAUUUAAGUUACUGUUACAAAAAGGUGCUGCUAAAUGUAGGAUGUCUUAGUCAUACUGUACUUUGGGGCAAUGCCACAUUUUUAACAUGGUCUGCUAUGCAUUCCUGUUAAACAUUCACUGUCAGCUACACUGAACUGUUCAACAAAUCUGGUUUAAAGUCAUUCAUAUAAAACAAAUAAAGAGCUGGCUUUCUGCACUGUU